CAAUCGGAAAUUGAAACUUUACCGAAGGAAACGAUUAAAGAUUUAAAGCAAAUAGAGGAGACACAAUGUGUUAUAUGCUUCGAAAACUUUCAACUAGAAGAUGGUUUUAGGAAAUUGUCUUGUUCUCAUGUAUACCAUGUUAAUUGCAUCGACAAAUGGUUGAAGGUAUGGGCAAACACUUACAUUAUAUAU